UCGCCGUUCAAGGAAGGUCAGACUGCGCAUGCCCACGCUGCCCUUCUCUGGGUGUUAAACCGGUUGAACCUCAGCGGAGACAAAACUUUUCACAUUUCUGCGUCACGUCGCGUCCUCGGAGAAAUGAACAGCGUCGGGGAGGCCUGCACCGACCUGAAGCGGGACUACGACCAGUGCUUCAACCGCUGGUUCGCGGAGAAGUUCCUGAAGGGGGACCGCAGCGGCGACCCGUGCACGGAGACUUUCCGGAAGUACCAGCGCUGCGUGCAGAAGGCCAUCAAGGAGAAGGAGAUCCCGAUCGACGGGGUGGACUUCAUGGGCCCCAACAAAGACAAGCCCGAGAGCUGACGGACGCAGGAGGGAGAGCUCCGACUCAUCACAUCAUCCGACCGAUAAUCGAACAAUCGAGUCGGCUCGAUACGACGGGAAAUCCAUGAGGCCCACCGAGCAUGCGCAGAAGCUGUCGUAGAAGUAGCUGCUGUAAAUAAGAGGUUGAAGUUUAACCUCCCGAGACUUUUGUUUGUUUGCUGUGAAUUUUUUAAUUUCUCCAGGUUUUUGGGUUUAGCAGAACCCAAGAAGAAUAGAAACUAAAAAACAUAAAGUAGGUUUGGGGGGAAACAAAGUGUCCUCAUGUGGAUUAUUUCACUAUAUAUUAUAAUGUCAUAGUCUGUUUUUUUUUUGUCAGUAGUGACAUGUGCAACACAGACACAGGACUGAAAUCAGCUUCCUCAGCGGACUAUGGUGCAGCAGAGAUUUAAAGAAGGAUAUACAUAUACAUACAUAUAUUAUUAUUAUUUAAAUCUCACGUUUGUACAUUUGAGGUUUAAGGUUUAAAUUUAAUGAUAUCGUGAGCCUAAUAGCAUAAUUGCCUAAAUCAUUUUUGACUUAAUGUUUUAAAAUGAAAUGAAAUAUAUAAUGUAUAUAAACAAAGUAGGAUAAAAAAAAAAAACUACAGCACAUGACAAACAAAGUGGCCGGUGCCAAAGGGGAUGAAAUGAGUCAAUAAAUAUAAUAUAUGGUAGAAAUGUCGCUGACGUCACAAACCUGAAACGUGACGUCCUCAUAUGUGGAUGCAGGGUCUCUGGAGGAUUUACAGUGACAGGACUGGAUCUAGAACCAGAACCAGAACCAGAACUGACCCUGAUACGCAGAGUGUUUCUGUCUUUUUAAAAUCUGCUGCUUCUAGAGGAGGAGACGUUCGCUGGAGCUGGAGGAGCCUCGUGGGCCCUGGACGAACUUAUAUUUAGGUCAGUUAAUGAGGUCUGAGUGGGAGGAGCUUUAUUCCUGUGUGGGAACCAGCGUCCAAUCAGAAACGCCUACGUUAAACCUCCAACUUAUUAUUAUUAUUGUUAUUUUUUGUAAUUUAUUUUCAUUUAAUUUUCUCCUUUUUCUCAAACAUGGAGGCCACAGUCUCUACAAAACCCAUUUAAAUGAACAGGAACCAUCAUCAGCUUCAGUUCAAUUACAUGUUAAUUAUUGUUUAAUCGGCUAAUUUUUAUUGUUUGUUAUAAAGGAAUAAAUGAAUGUCACAUGUAUUGAUAAUAAAACUAGUUGUUGGUUG